GCAUUCAGAUAAAAUUCAGACCUCAACGCGUUAAGUUCGUUUUUUAAAUUAUAUAGAGGUAACAAUGGAGUUAAAGUACAUUAUUUCAAUCCAAUUAAUUCUGGUGUUUAUUUUUGCUGGACCGUUAUAUGCAGUGACAGUAAAUCCGGCUUUGUGUCCUACUAAUAAGAUCGCUCCGCAUAGGAGGAUAGCGAGUUGGGGUGACAAAUCUCAGCCACGAACUUUUGGAGCGUACUAUAACUUGCUGGUGCCUGGUGGACUAAGUCAGCCUAAUGUGCCGUUGAAUAGCCUCCAGGAAGAACCGCAAAAAGAUGACCCGGACGACUGCGGAGAUAUAGCUGAUUAUGACGAAAACGAUCUUAGCUCUCUAACUACACAAUCCCAAAGAAGGUAUGGAUAUGGAAACAGUAGAUUGUUCUUCGGCUUUUUCAAUAGCGGAGGUCAGGGGUACCCAGAUCGUCCUACGACCAAUCGGCCUGUGCGUCCACAAAGGCCUGGCUACCCAAUACCACCGACCAAGCCCCCAUAUUGGUCCGGCGGGUUUUUUGGAAAUAAUGCUUAUCGACCGCCUGUACAUCAAUAUCCUUCAGAUAACAUCAAGCCAGUUUACGAAGGCGCGCAAGAGCAACAAACCACCUAUCGUCCUAAUGUAGUAGGAGGUCCAUUAGGUCACGUAGUUGGUGUCAGUCCAGUGAUACCUCAAAGACGUCCAGUGACGGAACCUGGUCAUCAAAUAUUUUCUAAUGACCACGUAAGUGGAAUCAAACCAGGAAGACCUCCAAGACCACCUGUGAGAGAAUCUACUCAAAGAAUACCAAAUCGUGUCCAGUUUUCCAAUAGACCCACUGAAGCGCCUGCAGCAUACCCAACUAGAAGACCCAGACCUAGAAAACUGAACGAUAACAAUGUCUUCGGUUCUUUCUUUGACUUGUUGUUUAAAUAAAUUGAACGAAUAAUU